AUGGAAGCAAUAUUAUAUUAUAUAGAUGAUGCUCCUCCACUAUCAUCAUCAUCAUCAUCAUCAUCAUCAUCAUCAUCAUCAUCAUCAUCAUCAUCAUCAUCAUCAUCAUCAUCAUCAUCAUCAUCAAUAGCAACUACUUUAAAUAAUACACUUUACUAUUUUUAUAAUGAUAAUCAACAUCAAAAUUGGAAUCAUAUAUAUACAUUUGAUUUAAUAUCUGGAAAAUGGGACGGUUAUUUUGGUUCUUUUUGGUCCAAUACCACUACUUCUUUUGUUUUUACAAGUUAUGGUUCUGAUUGGUUAUAUGCCAUACCAAGGUCAAACAAUGAUGAUCGCCUGUCUCGUAUUAUUCGACUGGAUUCAUCAACCACUCAUACCCUCUUGGUUCAGACCCCGAUCAUCGACCUCCCUAAUACUGAGACAUUAUUCAGUAGCAUGAAUAAUAAUAAUAAUGAUGAUGAUCAACGUUUAGUGUUUUACAAUGGAACCACCUUGAUUCUAUAUCAACCUAUAAAGAAUAUGAUCAGCAAUAUUUAUCAAUGGAAUAAUACAACUGAUGCCAUUCCAUCAUCAUCAUCGAAUCCAGACACAUCUUUUUGGUCCACUCCCGAAGGACAACAAAUGAAAAUCGUUUUAGGUUGUAGUCUCAGUCUGGGUAUGAUUAUAGUAUCGGCGAUAGGUGCGAUUCUGAUACAUCGACGACGACGACGACUUCAUCACGAUGAUAGUCAGCAACAAAAAAAUAUACAAGAUGAUAUUCAACCUUCUAUACAAUCAUUAUCAUUUCUAAAUCAAGAUAAUGCUAUGGUAUGGAGUAGUCAUGUUCAUCAACUUUUAGCUUUAAUUGCAUUUAAUCAUGAGCGAAACAAUCAAGAACUAAACACAUCAUCAUCAUCAUCUGGUGAUUAUCCAUCCAUGAUCAAAACCUCCACUACAGUCUCCGCCUUGGCCAUGUCAUCUGCAAUCUUGUCUAUCAUUUCUUCCUCUUAUUCACCCUCCGCAAACCCUUUCAAGACACCACCCCAAGUACAUAAUACUACUUCUUUAGAUAUGGCUUUACCAUUACCAAGAAAUAACUUUAAUCAAGCUGAAGCAUCUCAACCUUGA